AUGUCCAGCGCCUCUGCUAGUCCCGAACUCGAAGAGGAGCCCUACGUAGACCGCAAACCUCGCUGGGCUACCGAGCGUCAGUUGUUGCUGUCGAUCGCAUCUGACACGCAGCCACCCCGACGACUGGUGACCUUCGCGCCACCAGCAAAUUCAAGAUCACCAUCCGCGACCCGCAAGAUCACGAGUUCAUAUUGUACGCCGGACGGAGCUCCAAGUGGUCUAAGAUCAAGGCGAGCCGUCUACGCUAGCAAGAAGCGCGCCGACCCCGCGGCCUUCCAUCUCACCUACGACGGCCAGCGCGUUGACCUCACCGGUCGUACGACGGUCGGUGAUUCGCUCGAAGAUGAGGAGCUCGAGGAGGGUGUCGUUGUUGAUGUGGUCCUCGCCCAGGUCGGCGGUGGCGUUCGUGGUUUGGGUGGCGAGACGAUCUGUGAUUCAUAG